CUACUUUAUUUCCAUUUUGGGCUAUUUGCAUGAUAUACUUAAUACACCACUCUCUUGGCUCACUCUCUUUCUCUCAAUUAAUGUCCCCACCAUGACUGAAAUACGAGAUUAUUAUGAAUCCAUUGACGUACACAUUCGCUGGGCCGAUGGAUCCGAUCUUAUUGUGACAAUAUCCCCUCAACAUGAUACAACAGAAACUUUGAAACAAAAAGUAAGGGGCAGCAGUGGCGGGCGGCGAGUAGUAGUUUUGGAAGAAGACGUUGCUCCAGUCCAGUGUGAGGGGUGGUGGGAUUCGACAUUCGGCACCAACAAAGACACAAAACAUGAACAUUCGACUGAUUCACCAGGGUCGGAUUCUGAAGGGUGAUUAUCCCUUGAGUUAUUAUAAUACUAUUGGCAAACGUGUUGGCAAGGAACCACCACCUGUAUAUAUCCAUUGCUCCAUAUCCGACUAUGUUUCUCGACCAGCACAAGACCGUAAUACUACGACGACGGGCAGCAGGCGGCGAGGGCAAGGACAAGAGGGAGAUGAUGAUGAUAGUGACGAUGGCAAUGGCAAUAACAACAACAAUCAAGCGACAGCGCUUAUGGGAUUUGAUCGGCUGCAGGAAUCAGGCUUUAACGAAGAGGAAAUCAGAGACAUCCGUACCCAGUUCCACCGGCUUCAUGGUUCACCCGGAUUCGAUGGAGAAGCGACGGAACAAACGAUGGCUAUGGAAGAACAAUGGAUGGAAAGCACAGGCGAAAUAUUACCAGAUGGAUUGGUACAGGGAACCUACAAGGAAAUGAUGUGGGGCCUUUUACUUGGCUUCUUUCUCGGGAUACUCUGCGUCUUCUGGUUCCGGGAGUCUGUCUUUACCCGAAGGCAUCAGAUGGGCAUCGUGGCAGGGAUGCUCAUCAACAUCUCUUUUGGUGUUCUUCACGUUUAUCAUUGAUAAUCACACGUAAACAAAACAAUUCAGUGUGUGGCCACGUACAAAAGUAAAACCGGGUGUGAGCUUGCGUCUUUGUCGAACCUGUAUACCAUUUCUUUCUUUGCUUCCCCUUCCCAACACCUAUCAUUCCCUCUCUCUCUCUCUCUAUAUAUAUAUAAAUAUAUAUGCUAUCUCUUGUGUGUACAUACAGUAAUAUUGCACUUAAUGGAUGUCUAAUUCACUACCAUUUAUUCUUGCGCCACCCUGUUGUUUGCUUGUGUUUAUUAGGACAUGUGGUUUUACAAUCGUCAUUUUCAUGCAGUCGGUGUUAAAAGCCAACAGCGUUAAAUCCAACAAAAUAAAGUCUCCUUAUUUUUUUUUUUGCUUCCUAUU